GUUUCGCCAUUGUUCGGAGCGUAAACGCGGAAGUCAGGAAGUCUAAAACACGAUCAAACUGCAUGACUGGUUUAGAAGGCCUAUUGGGUCUGCCACAUCUGAAUUUGGAUGAACACGUUGCUGUUCAUUAUUGAGUCUUCAACCUUAUAAAUUGGACAACUGUGUUCAGUUGGAAGAAUGGAUACACCUGAAAGCCUGGAAGCUGAGGUGGAAGCUGUAGUUGAUGGGGCUAUUGUCACAGAUGGGCUUCCUGAUGAUGUACCAGAGAUACCAGAUGAACAUGGGCCUAUUCUGGAUGAAGAGGAAGAGUUGCCCUGCAACAACCCACAGUCCAAUUUAGGCAAUGAUGCUGGCAACAGCAAUAAUAACAAUGACAGCAACAGCGUAUUGAAUGUACUAGAUAUAUUUAAUGGUGUAGAUGUAGGAGUUAGAAAUCAAAAUCCAAUGCAGGCCAGUUCCAAUCCUCAGCAGCCUUUAGCAAGCCAGAUGGUGAGUGUGAACGCUGGGCACCAUCACAGUGGGGCACUGGCAGUGGUGGGGCCAUGUGGUCAGGUGGUCCAGUACAACUGGCAAGCCUCAAAGACAAAUGUUAAAGAACGGCUUGCAUUCAUGUUCAACAACGAGAUAAUGAGUGAUGUGCACUUCAUUGUAGGAAAAGGGACAAAUACACAACGCAUACCAUCUCAUAAGUUUGUGCUUUCUGUGGGGAGUGCGGUAUUUGAUGCCAUGUUCAAUGGUGGCAUUGCUGUCACUGCUGCAGAAGUAGAGUUGCCCGAUGUGGAACCUGCAGCUUUCCUUGCUUUGCUGCGUUUUCUCUAUUCAGACGAGGUUCAGAUAGGGCCAGAAACUGUGAUGACAACUCUGUAUACAGCCAAGAAGUAUGCUGUCCCUGCUCUGGAGAGGGCAUGUGUUGACUUCUUAAAAGGCAAUCUUAGCUGUGACAAUGCUUUUAUGCUUCUCACCCAAGCACGUCUGUUUGAUGAGCCGCAGCUGGCUGCCUUGUGUUUGGAAACAAUUGACAAGAACACUACUGAUGCCCUCAAUGCCGAGGGUUUCUCUGACAUAGACUUGGACACCUUGUGUGUUGUCCUUGAACGUGAUACCCUAGGGAUUCGGGAAUGUAAGUUAUUCAUUGCUGUAAACAAAUGGGCCGUGGCUGAGUGUGUCAGACGCAAUUUACCAAGUACUUCUCAGAAUAUACGAGAGGUUUUGGAUCGAGCUCUACAUCUGAUACGCUUUCCUUUAAUGAGUGUGGAAGAGUUUGCAGUUGGUGCUGCUCAGUCUGGAGUGCUUCUGGAUCGAGAAGUUGUGGAGUUAUUUCUCUAUUUUACAGUCAACCCGAAACCUUCUGUAGCUUUCCUUGAUAAUCCCAGGUGUUGCAUGACAGGCAAGGAGCAAGUUGUUUCUAGGUUUUGUCAGAUUGAGAGCAGAUGGGGAUACAGUGGAACUAGCGACUGAAUAAGAUUUAUGGUAAAUCGUCGGAUCUAUGUGGUUGGGUUUGGUCUUUAUGGUAGUAUCCAUGGUCCUGCGGAGUACUAUGUAAACAUUCAGAUCAUUGUUAAUGAUACAGGACGAGUCAUUGGACAGAAUGACACCAAUUUCAAUUGUGAUGGCACCAAUGCCACAUUUCGAGUUACAUUCAAGGAGCCUGUCGAGAUCAAUGCUAAUGCUAGUUACUUAGCUUGUGCUACUCUUAAGGGACCCGACUCAUAUUAUGGUACUAGAGGAUUGAGGAAAGUGACCCAUGAAUCAGUCACCAGUGGUAAAGUGACGUACCAAUUUACCUACGCCGCAGGGAACAAUAAUGGUACAUCCGUUGAAGAUGGUCAGAUUCCAGAGAUCAUCUUCUAUGCUUAGAGUCAAGCAAGUGGUAAACUGACAUUUAAUGAGUGUUUUGGAAAAGCUGAUACCAUAAACCUGGAGUUGUUUGUGUGCCUUUUAUUUUUGUGUUUACAGACAAUCGUGAAAUUGUGUGGCCGUGAAAAAGAAAAUCUAAGUGAAAUUCCUAUUAACCUUUUGGAGUUCACUGUCGACUGACCUAGGGUUGACCAGGAAAUGACCCCCCCCCUCCCCCUUUAACUUCACUGUUAACCACAGGUCGCCAGUAGAUUGUGCGUUGAAAACCCAUAGAUAUGAGGCCUGAUAUUGAUGCAGUUGUGGGGAAUCCCGUUAAAUUUUCUGAUAGCUGACGCUGCAAACACUGUAUGGACAGUAAUUUUUCAUAGGGUUGUUUCAGUGAAUUUUGGGGCACUUUAGAGUUGAAGUUCACAGGUCAAAUCACAGAUUUGGGGAAGUUUCAAGAAACUUUUUUCACCCCAACAUACUUCGAAUUCUGACCUAAAUCAUUAUGUUCUGCAUUGUUUUGUUUUACUAAAUUAAAAGUAAAAGUAACCUUGCUUUGUCAGGUGGCAAUCAUUCCCAAUUCCACAUUUCAGAUAGCUCCCAUGAUUGCCCUGGCACCAUAUAUUUAAUCACUAAUACAAGUUUCUUGUAAUUCUUUAUUCAGCCAAAAUAUCCCAUUUUUACUCAAUAGAAAGUUUUUUAAAAAGUAGAAACCAAUAUUUCAAUUUCAAGAAUUCACAAAUUUGAGCAAUAUCAUGCCUUUUAAAAAAAAUUUUGAUUUCACUAUUUGGGCACUGAAUGAUUCACAGCAGUCGACAUGCCGCCAUAUGGAACGACGUUUGCUAUUCCGGCUCAUUUUUGACUAAAAUUUUAGAAUAACCCGUCAAACUACCAAUCAGCGCGUAGCCUUGGAGGGUGGCGUAUCUCAUGACGUAGUCAUUAGUGCAUAGUUAGAGAAGUCUAAUUAGAGGCAAUUAGUUAGAUUUUUUGCACAAACAGGCAACUUAUAUGAACCCUCUUUUUAUUUCAAAGAUACAUUUUACUUACACAUAGAGGACAUUUUGAGUUUCACUGAAUCGAUAUUGUUGCAUGACCAAUGGUAUCUCCCUUACCUGGAAUAGAUUUUCACGCUGUUUGGAGGCAAAGUCAGUAAAUUGAGCUGGCUUACUUUUUUCUUGGAAAUUGUAAUAAAAGAAUAAAGUAAAACACACACUGAAAUA